UUUUUAUUUUUUUUGGGCCGCUUUUUGUUGUUUUUGUUUUAGAUACAUUUAAAAUGCUCAAAGUUGACUUGCGCGCCUGUUGAGCGUUUUCAUCCGUCCAUCGAACUGCCGCGCUCACUUUUCAUCUUCUGGUGUCUUAAAAUAUGUAUUUCGCAGCGAUACAAAACAGUUUAUUAUUGCGUUACCAUUUCUGGGACGUGCUAUUUUGUGAAUGUUUUUGUUGUUGUUAAUCUGUGUUUCAUAGAUAGAACGUGUUGUUAAAUUUAAGUAACGUACGUCAUUGGGCCGCCACUGUCACGUGAUCUGAACCCUGUCCUCCCCCCAGGGGCGUCGAACUAAAGGGGGAAAGAUGUCAGGGGUGGGGGGCCGGCUAUCCGGCAAUGGGUUUCAAAGAGGCUCGGCCGAGCUCGCCGGAUGAAUUUCUCCCCCUCCAGGUCUGCUCCGGACGCAGCGGGAACCGCUGGAGCCCCCGAGCCCGAGGGGGGGCCUCCGGCCGCGGCCCCCAACCUGACCAGCAACAGGCGGCUGCAGCAGACGCAGGCGCAGGUCGACGAGGUGGUGGACAUCAUGCGGGUCAACGUGGACAAGGUCCUGGAGCGCGACCAGAAGUUGUCGGAGUUGGACGACCGCGCCGACGCCCUCCAGGCCGGCGCCUCCCAGUUUGAGAGCAGCGCCGCCAAGCUGAAGAACAAGUACUGGUGGAAGAACUGCAAGAUGAUGAUCAUCAUGGGCGUGGUCGGCGUCAUCUUGUUCGGCGUCAUCUUCCUGUACUUCUUCUACUGACCCAAGUCCGCCACGCUUCUGGGCUUCCCCCGUCGUUUCUUUCUCGUCGUGGUCUUCACCGGCGUCUCCCUCGCCGGCGGGUAAAGGUGUGGCGAAUGAGGUCCGCCGACUGGAAAUAUUUCACCCCCCCCCCCCCCCGCCCGCAAUUCUGAAUUUGUGUGUCUUGUCUGUCCGAGAGAAAGUUUGAAGGCAACGGAAAAUGGAAUUCGUAACGUUUGUACAGUAUACGGGUUUUUGUGUGUCUGGAGUGGCUGCCCACCCAUCAAGCGUGAAAUUAAACUACCAAGUCGAUCAA